AUGUCUGUUCCCGCUUUCUCCGACAUUGGCAAGGCCCCUAACGACCUUCUUUCUAGAGACUACUUUCACCUCGCCCCUGCAGCCAUUGAGGUCAAGUCUAAGGCUCCUAACGGCGUUGCUUUUACUGUUAAGGGCAAAGCUAAUCAGGCUAACACUGCUAUUUCUGGUUCUCUUGAAGGAAAGUUUUCUGACAAGCCUACUGGUCUUACUCUCACUCAAGGUUGGUCCACAGCCAAUGUUCUUGACACUAAGAUUGAAUUGAGCAAUGCCAUUGCUCCUGGUUUCAAGGCAGAACUUCUUACAUCUUAUGCUCCUGCCAAAAACACUACUAGUGCCAAGGUUAACUUUCACUUUUCACAGCCCAACUUCUACGGUCGCGCCUUUUUCGAUCUUCUUAAGGGUCCCAUUUUCACUGGUGACGUUGCUUUUGGUCAAAGCGGCUUUCUUGUCGGCUCUGAGUUUGGUUAUGACAUCUCUUCUGGUGCAGUGACCAAGUACUCUGUUGCACUUGGCUACGGUGCUCCUUCCUACACUGCUGCUAUUACUGCCACUUCUAACCUUUCUGUUUUCUCUGGUUCAUACUACCACAAGAUCAGCCCCUUGACUGAGGUUGGUGCCAAGGCAGUCUAUGAUUCGGCUAAUGCUGCUAAGGGUGUUGCUCUUGAGGUUGGUACCAAGCACCAGCUUGAUAGCUCUGCUUUUGUCAAGGCUAAGAUUAACUCUGCUUCUAUUGCUUCUCUUGCUUAUUCUCAAGUUCUCAGACCUGGUGUCAAGCUUGGUCUUGGUGUCUCCUUUGACACCCAAAAGUUGAAUGAGUCUGCUCAUAAGCUUGGUCUCUCCCUUACUGUUGAGGCCUAA